GAAGGUUUUUAUCUAACAAGGAAAUCCAUGAUGGGAAGUAAUUUCUCUGUACUGGAAGAAUUCUCAGGCUCAGUUUGAUUCGACUUAAUUUUCUUCCGUAAAAUAACCCACCCCUGACAAUGGCCGGAGCUCUGGAGAUCGUUGGGUUUUUAAUGAGCUUGGUGGGGAAUUUAAUAACUGGAGUUACGUUGUCAAGCGACCAUUGGAAAACCUCUACUGUACACGGCAGUGUGAUCACCACAUCUAUUGUGUAUGAGAACCUAUGGAAAAGUUGUGCAGCCGACAGCACUGGUGUGAGCAACUGCAAGAAAUUUGAUUCCAUGUUGUCAUUACCAGUUCACAUCCAAGUUUGCCGAGCUUUGAUGAUCAUUUCACUCAUUCUGGGGCUACUGUCCUGUAUACUGUCAUUGUUUGGCCUGAAGUGCACCAAAUUUGGAACCAGUGAUGAGCACAAGAAAGGGAAGAUUGCCCUCGGUGGAGGACUCCUCUUCAUUUUAGCAGGACUUUUAUGUUUAGUGGCAGUCUCGUGGUACGCAGCCAUGAUCACCGCACAGUUCUUUAAUCCUCUGUAUCUUGGGACAAAGUAUGAGCUUGGAUCUGCACUUUACAUUGGAUGGGCUGGAUCUCUGCUUGCCGUACUCGGUGGAUCCUUCCUGUGCUGUUCAUUCAAGAAAAAGAAACCAGCAGCCAAAACAGGAGCCUAUAAGUACAACUAUAAUGAUCCAGACAGUGAUUUCAAACAGUUCAAGGAGAGAAAAGAAACAUCGGUGGCUUCCAAGGCUUAUGCGUAACCCAUUGGCUGACAAAUAGAGCAUGCUUGUAACGAAACGUUCUCCUUUUCUAAAAUUAUUUUUUUUAAAGUGGAAAUAUUUGUUUUUCUAUUAAAGAUGUAAAAAGUUGAUACUGUAAAGCCAGGAUGUCAAACCUGUAUGUGUUUGCUGAAAGUGAUCAGACACUUGUAAACGGUGCUGCAACCUUAUGUCAUUGUUUGUUCUGUGUAUUUGGGGAGCAUCACUUGCACCAUUUCUACCUGUGGUCAGUCCAAAAGAAGAGCAUUAUAAAUUAAAUGAUAGUGAGAGUCGUGUGUAUCAGUAGUGGAACUAGUGAUGCAGGAUAGAUCUACUUUAAUUACUGCUGCACAAGUGAAGGUCAGUUCUUGGCAAUGUCUCCUUACAGAUAUAAAUUAAUGUAUUGUAUAGUUUGAAGAACCAGUUUGAAGCAGAUACAGUAUAACAAUAAAUACUGAGUGUU